AGUUUGCUUUGAGCCGCGCACCUGAGAGAAAGGUCGCUCGACCUGAAUUCCCCGCGCGCGCACACACCACACGCCACUCCGAUCUCUCGCUGGAGUUUCGUGCGUUAUUCAGUGCGUGUUCUGCUCCUUGUUUUGUUCCCUUGGCACGAUGAAGCUGCAGUGCUCAACGCGGGAAAUGUAGCCGCUGAGUGCUUUUCCGAAGAAUUUUUCCCGAGUGAAUGCUGACACGGUUCAGAAAAGUCACAGGCGCGGCCAAUGAUGAACAACUUUUCAUUGUUGCUGCUCUCUCUAGUCACUGUAACAGGAGUCUCAGCAACUUGGCCUAGCGAUUGGGGGUUCGGCGGCUGGGGCUUCGGGGCUUGGGCGGGCCGCUUGAGCCCCAGCCAAGAGCGGCAGGAUGAAGUGCACGAUGUGGAGAUCCUCAAGGCAGUCGUCACCUCCAUGGCCGAGUGGGAGAGGAGUCGAAGAGACACGACCAGGGCGAAGCGUGCUGACGGCUCAGUGUGCUACUCAAACGUAGGAUGCUUCAUGGGGUCGGCGCCGUUCAGCUAUUUGGGGGUGCUGCCCGCCCCUCCGGCCGAGGUCGGCACCAGCUUCCACUUCUUCAGCCCCCGCGAGCCGCACAGGGCGCGCAGCCUGUCCUUCGAGGAGAUCGUGGUUCCGGCCGCGGAUGCACUGCAAGAUGCCGUCGUCGUCGGCCCCGAGUUCGUUCCUCUGCAACAGGACCAACCGCAACAACAGUCUGUCAGAGGCAGAAGAGACAAUGCCGCGUCCGACGACCGUUCGACUACAACCAUAUCGUCUGACGUUGCGAAGAGCACGACACCGAGUUCAACGAUUACCUCUUCGUCCAGCACGGAGCAAGUGGUGCCCUCGUCGGACGGUUCGAUUUCGCUGACGGCCUCUUCUCUGGACGGCUCCGGACUGCUGGAGGCGGCCCUCAACCUGGGCUUCAACGCGUCGCUGCCGACUAAAGUGAUCGUGCACGGCUUUGGAAGCAAGUGCAGCCUCAUCUGGGUGCACGAGAUGAAGAGUGCACUCAUGGCCGUGGAGGACUGCAACGUGAUUUGCGUGGACUGGGAGCCGGGCGCAUCGCUGCCCAACUACGUGAAAGCGGCGGCAAACACGCGGCUCGUCGGCAAACAAGUGGCCCUACUGCUGAGGAAGCUGAGGACCCAGUACGGCUUGGACCCCCGCAACGUGCACCUCAUCGGCUUCAGUCUGGGGGCCCACGUGGCCGGGUUCGCAGGCGCCGAGACCCCCGGGCUCAGCCGCAUCACGGGCCUCGACCCCGCGGGGCCCCUGUUCGAGGCCCAGGAGGCGGAGGCCAGGCUGGACGCAAGCGACGCCGGCUUUGUCGACGUCAUUCACUCGAACGGCGCCAACCUGAUCAUGGGCGGCCUUGGCUCCAGACAGCCCAUGGGCGACGUUGACUUCUACCCCAAUGGCGGCGCCGAGCAGAAGGGCUGCAGUAAUCUCCUCCUUGGUGCUGUCAGCGAUAUCAGUUUUCUUUGGUCUUCUUCUGAGGACGAUCUUCGCAGUUUGUGCAACCACCGUCGCGCCUACAAGUUUUUCACGGACAGCGUGUCACCGCGGUGUCCAUUCCCAGCGUUCCCCUGCGAGUCUUACGAGCAGUUCCUGGAAGGCGAGUGCUUCAACUGCGGCUCCCAGCGGCAGUGCGGCAACAUGGGUUACUACUCUGACAGGUCACCGGCCAGGGGCCCACUCUACCUGAUUACCAGGGACAACGAGCCCUUCUGUGCUCACCAGUUCUUCUUGCGAGUGGAAAACACGCCCAGUCCAGCAGAACCUUUGGCCACCCACGGCAGGUUUGAGGUUAUCCUCGCCAGUAAGGAACUCAACGAAUCAUUUGUACUGACAGAUAAAGACGAUGAAGUGAUGGAGACGGGUGACUCCCUCUACAGACUGGUUGUCGCUCACCCUUUGAUGGAGGAAUUGACUUCCGCGCAGCUUGUGUACACGGCGUACAGCGGCUGGAUCAGUUCAGGCAUGUCCUCGUGGACAGUGGACAAGAUUUCUGUCACAGACGCAUUUGGAAAGAGCAUGUCUUUCUGCAAAAAAGGAAUGAUUUUGAGCUCGGGUGUUCCUCUGCUGGUGCCCCUUUUCCCUGGGGACUGCAAUCCACCCAGGACUCCUGGAGGACUUGACAUUACGAUGGGUCCUUCGAUAUCUAUUAACAACGAACUGCCUAGCAACGCUUCAGGCGAAGAUUUGAACGCGAGCAAUGUGAACAGGACGGCUAGUCCGGCGCCAGAGCGACCGACGGAGAAUAGAAACAAGACUGGAAUAGAUAUUAAUAUAUCAUUGCACCUGAACGAAAAUACGAGCUCAAACGCAGAGGCUAAUCAGUCGCAAAUAAAUCAAAGCAUCCCGUCCUCGACGACAACCGACUACCCGCUGUACCAGCGUCCAUGGCUUGAGGCCAACAACAGCCUGGAUCAGCGGCCAGACAAUUCGCGAUCUCUGCCGCACUCAGAGACGACGAUCAAGCGGUCGUCUAUCAACGCGAUCGACUCGUCGCCGCCGGCUGGCUCCUGGUCCUUCUGGUGGCGUACGGUCAACAAGGCGGAGCCUCCGCAGCCGUCGCCCUCCGACAACGUCACCUCCCAGCAGGAGGGCACCCUGAUCACCGUGCAGAUGCUGCCGAAAAAGCUGGCGUCCAUCCUGCAGCAGGCCGAGCAGUACGCCAGAUCCACCAUCACCAGUGUGACCACCACUCUGAUCGGCGGCAAGGACUCGUCUGCCGAGGUCGUCAUGCCUGUGGAAGUACCGAUCCGGCGCAGGGCCAAGUAUUUCCCUCCGUUCGCCAGUCUGUUCGGCUACGGCGACGCUAAGGACAAGCAGCGGCCAGCAGCCCCCGAGUCGGCCACCUUCAGUCCCAUGCAGAUCAUCAAGAACCCUGAAUGGAGGCUGAGCAGGUACAUUCCCCUGCGAAGGCACGCGGGCAGAAACCUGGAAGAGGCGACGCCCGCCCCUACGGCCGCCCCUUCAACGACCACCCCCGCUCCCAAGGAAGCGGUGGCCGACGCGCAGCCCGAGGCCAGCGCCCUGACGGCCAAAAAGGUGGAGCCUCUGGUCAUGGGCCCCAGGUGACCGCCGCAACCCUCCUGUUGAAUAAUUAUUUAAGUUAUUUAUGCUCCGUUGUGUAUGUAAGUGUAAGCUUAGUUCUCUCUUUCGCGAUGAAUGCCGCCGCUAUGCAUGUCAGCCAUUUUUGCAUUAUUGUGAUGUUUUAUAAUAAAUAUGUUAUUGUAUUUACAACAA